ACCGGUCCAGGCAUCUCGCUCUCGCAUGGCAACAUGGCCACAGAGUUCCAUAACCUUCAGGAGUUGAGACACAGUGCAUCUCUGGCCAAUAAGGUCUUCAUUCAGAGAGACUACACGGAUGGCACCAUCUGCAAGUUCCAGACCAAGUUCCCCUCCGAGUUAGACAGCAGGAUUGAGAGGACGCUGUUUGAGGACACGGUGAAGAUGCUGAAUAAUUACUAUGCAGAGGCGGAGAAGAUCGGAGGCCAGUCCUACCUCGAGGGAUGUCUGGCCUGCCUCACGGUUUACCUCAUAUUCCUGUGCAUCGAGACACGCUACGAGAAGGUGCUGAAGAAGAUCUCGUGGUACAUUCAGGAGCAGAAUGAGAAGGUCUACGCUCCUCGAGGUCUCCUCAUCACAGACCCCAUAGAGAGAGGCAUGAGAGUCAUUGAGAUCAGUGUGUAUGAGGAUCACGGCUCCAGCGGUUCAAGUUCAGGAAGCAGCACAACCAGCAGCAGCGGACGAUGAUUCACACACUCACACACACACACACACACACACACGUGUGAUGCCUUCAUACUGACGCCUGCUGAACAGACACGACAGCGUCCACUCAGCAUCGCCAAACACACACACACACACACACACCUGACAUGAACUGCCUCCAGGAGACGCAUCAGCUCUGGAUCAGCAGCGCGUCAUUACCUCAGUCAUAACCGUCACCUUCACUGCCCUGCAGCCAUUGCACAUCCUCCAGUCACUCAGUGGAGAAACACAGGAGCUUCUGUCACUGACUCACAAACGCCUGUGAUGUAGCUGCCAAUCGGCACACGACAGUCUUCCAUCAUCACCAUUUUUCACCCUUUUUUGUUUGAGAAUUACUCAAAUUAUUGAACAGAAGUCAGAUUUAAGACUAUGUAGAUGUCAAGGACUGAAAUCUAAGCCCAUAUAUUUUAUACAAGCCCUAGACACUGCCAUCUUUUUAUGACUUGGUCGUUUUGUUUUAUUUCAUAGUGUGCUAACCGUUCAUGUUUUGUACUCGUAACACGUCGUCAGAGCAGAAACGAGUCCUGAUGACGUGACUGCCAAGAGCCAGAGCUUCCUCACAUGGUCCUUCAUCAUGAGCUUCCAUUUCAUACUGAGAAGCUUUGGCAUCUGUUUAUGCAAAGAUCAAGCGUAGAAGAAGCUGAGAGUGCUUUUCUGUUGUGUAGCAAAAUAAAUAAACCAUGGUCAAAUGAAG